AGCAGGCACAUCGUCGUCAGCCACCCAACCACCCAACACAAACUUAGCAUAACUAGCCAACAACGCAAGCUUGAGAGGCCCAAAAUUCUCGGGAUUUCAGAGCUAAUACUUGGAUUUCACAUCUGUAGACCUAUCUGUUUGUGCCUUUACACCAUGGAAUCAACAUCUAUGAAAGAAACCGAACGCACAUGUGUGCUCUGCUGUCAAGAUAUCGAGAUUUUCGCUCUAGGGAAAUGUGAUCACCCGGUGUGCUACCGUUGCUCCACCAAGAUGAGGGUGCUAUGUGAGCAAAAAUACUGCGCCGUCUGCCGGGAGGAACUUGACAAGGUUAUCUUUGUCAAAAGACUCCAACCUUUUUCAUCACUUUCAACUGAUCAGUUUCAGUGUGAGAAGAAGAACGACAUCUAUUUCAAUGAUGCCAAGAUCUAUGCACAGUACCGGCGAAUUUUGUUAUCAGAGUGUCCACAGUGUCAGGAACCAAAGGUUUUUUCUAAAUUUGAAGAGUUGGAACAACACAUGAGAAAACAGCAUGAACUAUUUUGCUGCAAAAUCUGUGUCAAGCACUUGAAGAUAUUUUCAUAUGAGAAAAAAUGGUACAACCGCAAAGACUUGGCUCGACAUAGAACACAAGGGGACCCAGACGACACAUCUCACCGAGGGCAUCCCCUCUGCAAAUUCUGUGAUGAACGCUACUUGGAUAACGACGAGCUCCUGAAACAUCUGCGGAGAGACCACUAUUUCUGCCAUUUCUGCGAUGCAGAUGGAGCCCAAGAGUACUACAGCGAUUAUCAGUACCUCAUGGAGCAUUUCCGGGAGAGCCAUUACCUUUGUGAGGAAGGCCGCUGCAGCACGGAGCAGUUCACCCACGCCUUUCGCUCCGAGAUUGACUACAAAGCCCACAAGGCUGCUGCCCACAGCAAGAACCGGGCCGAGGCUCGUCAGAACCGACAGAUUGACCUGCAGUUCAGCUACGCCCCUCGUCAGCAGAGAAGGAAUGAAGGUAUGGUAGGGGGUGAAGAUUACGACGAGGUGGAGCGUUUCAAUAGGCACGGCCGAGGAGGCAGAGCACGGGCCCCAGGAACUCAUCAGAACAUGAGGAAGAGCUGGAGAUACAACCGAGAGGAGGAGGAGAGGGAUGUGGCGGCGGCGCUUCAGGCUUCGCUGGCCAUGCAGGAGGGCCAAGCAGGGCCAGGGCCAAGCAGGAGGGGGCAAGAAGAGCGAGGGCCAAUUAGGAGGGUGCAGGAAGAGCGAGGGCCAAUCAGGAGGGGGCAGGAAGAGCGAGGGCCAAGCAGGAGGGGGCAGGAAGAGCGAGGGCCCGCUGCUGAGAAAGGCCCGCAGAAACCCCGCGAGAGAAUGGACCCAGAGGAGCUGAGGAACGCCAGAGGCACUGCAAAACCGCCCAGUGAAGCGCAAGGUCGACCGAUGGGAAACAUUUCACUUACAGGAGAUGACUUCCCUGGCUACCCCAUUAUGAGCAGCUCAAUCAAACCCGCUCCAGUCACUCUGAAGGAGGAUGACUUCCCCAGCCUCUCUAGCGCGCUGCAUUCCGCACCGAUGACGCCUGCCUACAGUGCGCCGCCCCGAAGCAAAUCAUCCUUUCAGGAGGAAGACUUCCCUGCGCUCAUCUCUAAAAUCAAACCCAGGAAACCGCCCGAAAGCUCUGGGUCGGCAUGGGCCGGAAGCAAGACAGUGGUCCUGCCCACCAAAACCCCCGCCGCUCCCCCUGCGUCCGCCCACGGCUCUUCAAGUGGCCCUCAACCUCUCUUGCCUUCAUCCUCCUCCUCUUCCUCCUCUUCAUCCAAACGCAAGAAGAAGCUCGGCACUACCGAGGCUCCCAAACCCGCCCCGAAAAUCAAGUCGCCGUGUUCGUCAGACGAGGAGGAUCCCCUCCCAGGCAAGACGGUUAAGGAGAUCCGGGCAGUGCCAACCAUGCUGGACAUCUCCUCGCUCCUGACCGUGAAGGGGGGCCCUGCUCCCCAGCCUAGCACCACAAAGGCGGGCAAGAAGAAGAAGCCAUCCGGCCCCUCCCCUUCUGGUCCUCCGGGGGCACCGACGGACCUGGGCGGAAUGGCGUCCAGUGCUGCUCACAAAGAGAACGUCCCGCAAAGCAAGCCACCGGACACCGGCGUCCCUAAAGCCUCUGCACUGAACCCCAACGCUCCCGCUGGGAUGCCCAAGUCGAGCGCUAUGAUGAACGGUUACACGGAAAGGCCCAUGAAGGCUCAGAGCAGCGGCUACACCAUGGCCCCUACUGAGCAGCCUCCUGUUACCAAACCACUGCCAGCGUCAGACUCUCCGCCCCUGCCCAUGGAGGAAGAGUUCCCUGCCCUCAUCUCCAAAAAACCUCCACCUGGUUUCAAAGGCGCAUUCCCCUUGAAGAGUACACAGACUGCACCUCCACCUCCACCGCCUGGGUUAGGGGGUGUAGCAGCCAUGGUCACCAAACCUCCCCCUGGAUUUACAGGUGUUCCUCUCAACAGUAAUGUUGUGGAUCCUCCUGUUACUGCUGCCAAUCGACCAACACAGUCUCUUGGGACCUACCUCAAACCUGACAAUUUCCAAAAGAGAAACAUGGACCUGAUUCAGUCUAUCAAAAACUACCUUCAGAACGAUGAGUCUAAGUUCAAUGAGUUUAAGAAUUACUCUGGCCAAUUCCGACAGGGUGUGAUUUCAGCGGCCCAGUACCACAGGAGCUGCCAGGAGCUGCUGGGCGACAACUUCAACAGGGUCUUCAACGAGCUGCUGGUGCUUCUGCCGGAUACGCAGAAGCAGCAGGAGCUUCUCACUGCCCACGGGGACUUCAAGGCCCUGGAGAAGCAGCAGGGUGGCGGUGCAGCCAAGGCCAAGAAGAACAAGAAGAAGACGGCCUGGCAGACCAGCUCGCCCAGCCCAGGGUCCGAGCUGGACUGCCAGGUGUGCCCCACUUGUAGGCAGGUGCUUGCCCCGAAGGACUUCAACUCCCACAAGACCUUGCACAUGGGGGGCGAGGAGGACUUCCCCUCUUUGCAGGCCAUUAGUAAGAUCAUCAGCUAAUAAAUAAAGCCCUUUUUGCCUGCGCUCACAUGCACAGCCACACAGCUACAGCCACAGCCAGCUCUGUCUGCUAGUUCAGAUGACCCAGAGCAUCUCCAGAGUGUUUUAUUAAAAGGCUUGAGGAGAGUGAUUGAGUGCUUCUACCAGUGAGGGUGUGAUCUUGAUGUAAGAGUGAAUGGGGAAUGCGAAUAAGCCUGUGUUGGAUUCUGGGAAAUGUAGGCCCUAUGUUACAGAAAGGAGAUAACCUGAUCAGUCCAGGGGUCCUUCAUUUCCCCUUCCAAACAAGCAGGACUAACAGUUGUUUUGUUGUUUAAGCAAAAUAAGUCAUCUUUACUUGAACAUUUUUGAAAAGCUAAAGCAAGUCAUCUUUUUUCUAAAACCCACAUGGUAUAAUCCAUGCUAAUCUUGCUGUUCAUUGGGGGGCCGUGUUUUAAAGAGGUGAGUUUGUCACCCAAAUGUUAUGUUUAAAUGAAAACGGUGGCAAAAUUAGCAAGUUGUUAAUUUUAGCCGAAGUCUUUUCAAUUUGCUUGCAUUGAUUUAUUUUCUAAAUAUGUUUAAUUUUUGAAAGAAUUUUAUCGAGUUUGCCUUUUGGGAAAACUAAACUGUAUUUAUUUAAGCAUUUUCCCCACCUGAACACAAUCAUCCCUCACAACUCAUUACAUUAAUUGAAAAACAAAACAAAAAUGAUGAGGUUAACGUCAUGUGAACAAAAAUGCAAACAAUUAAAAGGCAUACAACAUGAA